CCUCCUGCCUAUGUGUGCCAAAAACCCAGGCAGUGACAUAUGCAUAAAACUAACCAAGUCUUUUCUGCAAGCAUUCUUUUUGGUGUGUGAUUCUGCCAUAUUUAUUGUCUAACCUCUCAGGAAAACUGUGAGUACAUCGAGCAAACCAUCUAGAAGCCGCAAGAGGAGAAGGAUGCUGCGUUUGACUGUCAGGCGUGUAGGGGGACUUCUGUCCAGACGGGCAGUGGCUGCAUUCAGCUCUAGCAGUACCAGAAUGGCCAGCGAUGGGCAUGAGGUGACAGAGCAGGCGGACAUGUCUCUGCCCAUGUACUGGGACCGUCUGGACACUCCUCUACCAGACAGACUGUACCACGACACCCUCAGUGCUGCAGACAAGAGCCUGAAGAAGAAGGAGAAAGGACCCUGGAACAACCUCUCUAAAGAGGAAAAACUUGCCUUGUAUAGGCUGAUGUUUAAAGAGUCAUACGCAGAGAUGAAGAAACCAUCCAGCGAGUGGAAGACAGUGGUUGGUGGAAUCUUUUUCUUCAUUGGGUUCACUGGCCUGGUUGUUCUCUGGCAAAGGAUCUUUGUGUAUCCCCCUCAUCCUCACACCCUUGAUGACGAGUGGCAGGCAAUGCAGGUGAAGAGGAUGCUGGACAUGCGGGUGAAUCCUGUGGAAAGUUUCUCAGCCAAGUGGGACUAUGAGAAGGGCCAAUGGAAAUAAAUGAAGAGAACAGCAGUGACAUCCGAAUCUUGCCAUUCCCGCCAGCCACCUUUGGUAGUCUUCAUAUAUUACCGUGACGUCCAUCCCUUAUGUAUCCAGUGGGAGACAAUGUAAAUAAUGUUUGAUUGAGAAGAUUGGGGAACUAAAACAAUCGACUGAUGAAUCACAACUGUCUAAUCUUUACUGAAGGAAGUACAACUUAAUAUAUUUUUUUAUCUUCAUAUUGUUACAAUGAGAAACAUAAAAGAGUAAACACUCAUAUUAAUGACCACAAGAUUUGAUGGCAAGUUUUGUGAAUUCAAUUGGGUCUUUAUUUAAGUUAAAUGAUAUCAGACAUUUGAAAAAAAAAAAAGUCCUAAGACGUAAAACAAUGAAUUCAGGGAUGAAGCUGUUCAAAUAAACCCAAAACCUUAAAAAAAUAGUUUCCUUUUUGUCCUAUUUUUAGGUUUAAGUUGGCUAAAUACAAACACAAUGAGCAACAACUACACUUCAAAGAAAUUGAGUUUAAGGCCAUAGGAAGGAACAAUUUCCGUUUACACCAAAUAUCAUAAUAUUUUCAAAUAAUCAAAAUGCCUUAAAUAUUUUCACUAAGCUAUGAUGAGCUAGACUAAUUUUUCUUUAAAUUAACUAGUUUACAUAGUGUCUUACCAACACUGGUACAUUUCACUCAUAAGCAUGUUGUAAAACUCAGUAACCACACAGCAUCUUUCAAACACACAUUCACACACACAAAAUCUGCAACAUGUCAGACAGAGACUAAGCAUGCAAGCAGCAAAUUUUCUUAACACAGAAUGUAUUCUGUGUAAUCAGUGUCUACAGAGCAGCAAAAGUGUAAAUGUCAGCAAUUGAAAUCUGCUGAAACUCACCAACUAUAAUUGUUACAUUGCUAUUAAAACACUUGUAAUGGGGUAAACUUCAUUAUUGGAUUUAACCAUGUUGCCAAUUAAAUCUUGUUUUACUUUUCAAACUUAAGGCCAACAUGAUAUGUGAUUUUACUUCUGUAAUGUCAUGCAUUUCCAUGUGGGUUAAGGGGAGGACUUUAUUCUGUCCAUCUGGAAUUGAUUGGAUCGUGAAAUGAGGGCAGUCAGAACUAAAUACUAGUUUGCUUAUCAAAUUCCAUAGGUAAUGCUGCUUUUACAAAUAUAUCAUCAUGUGCUAUUACUGAAGUAACAUUUAUUACAUUAACCGGCAUUCAAUUUGGUCCUUGUGUGUGCAACCCCCACCAAACUAACUCUUAACAUACUCAUCCCAGUCCGAUAGGAUUGCUUAGGUAAUGUUUAGGUGAUAGCUACUGUACAUGCUGAUUUAUCUUAAGUACAAUAAGACCAGGAAUGUGUAUUUAAAAAGUGAACAGGGAUUAAUAUAUAGGUAAAUAAUUUCCUUUAUUUUGACACUGCAGUUCUGCAAAUUUUAUUUUAUAGUUCUUUUGGAAGUGAAUCUGGGAUUGUGCACCUAUUCUUUAAGUGUCUCAGACCUGCUUAAUGUUAACAAACCAUGGUGCACUACAACAGACUUUUCUAGGUUAGGUCUCAAAGGACGUCACAUUUAAGAUUGGUCUCUUUUGACUGACACACCAAAAGAUCAUAUCUUUCCCAUGAGAGCUUUAACUGGAAUUAUG